AUGACCACCGCUCAAGCUGGCGUCUUCUCCACUUUGAGACCAUUCGGUCUACCACCCACUCCCAUACUUUCCUUAAUCCUCACUUGGGGUAUCAACGCCGUCGCUACCCCUCGCCAGUACUAUGGCCCCAUACUUGGAAAGAACAACGAAGACCCUGCAAGUCUUCUCCGUCGCGCAGAGAACGAAAAGGGAGCCGUUCCUCCGGAGAAACUGGUCAAAAUCACCAGAGCCAAAGCAGCAGCGACUAAUCUGGCGGAAAACAUGCCGCUUUUUAUCGUAGCCAGUCUUGUCAGUUGGUUGGCUGGAGUGGAGCCCGAAUACCAGAACGCGUAUCAUAUUAUAUGGUUCCUUUCUCGUGCGGCGUAUAAGUGGGCGUAUCUUCAGGGAAACGGAACCCUUAGGUCUAUCUUCUAUAAUACUGCCGCCAUCCCCACAUUUGCAAUGUUAAUUCAUGGCGGAAAUUUACUGGCCAAGAAGUACUGA